AUGGCUCACCUGAUCCGCCACAAACUGACCAACAAGCUGACCAACGCGGCCCACACGGUCUCCAACAAGUCUCAGGCCAAGGUCAGCGGCGUGUUCGCCCGCCUUGGCUUCCAGGCCGCCACGGACGAGGAAGGCGUGGGAUUCGCCGAGUGCGACGACCUGGACUAUGACUACAGGCAGGGCAUGCAAAUGGACGUCCUCCAGGGGGACGAUGAGGGCGGAGAGUGCGGCCUGGAGGACGGGGACAGUCACUACCAGAGGGACGGCACCGGCCCCGGGCGCCAGUCCUUUAAGGCUGGGGAGUCCCUAGAUGAGGAAAAGCCGAAAAUCACGUCCUGGGAGGCUGGAUGGAACGUUACCAACGCUAUUCAGGGCAUGUUCGUCCUCGGCCUGCCCUACGCCAUCCUGCACGGCGGCUACCUGGGCCUCUUCCUCAUCAUCUUCGCGGCGGUGGUGUGCUGCUACACGGGCAAGAUCCUCAUCGCGUGCCUCUACGAGGAGAACGAGGACGGCAUCAAGGUGCGCGUCCGCGAUUCCUACGUGGACGUGGCCAAUGCCUGCUGCGCGCCGCGCUUCCCGGCGCUGGGCGGCCACGUGGUCAACGUGGCCCAGAUCAUCGAGCUGGUCAUGACGUGCAUCCUGUAUGUUGUGGUGAGCGGCAACUUGAUGUACAACAGCUUCCCGGGGCUGCCCGUCUCCCAGAAGGCGUGGUCGGUGGUGGCCACCGCCGCCUUGCUACCCUGCGCCUUCCUCAAGAACCUGAAGGCCGUGUCCAAGUUCAGCUUGCUUUGCACGCUGGCCCACUUUGUCAUCAACGUGCUAGUCAUCGCCUACUGCCUGUCGCGGGCUCGGGAAUGGGCGUGGGAGAAAGUCAAGUUCUACAUCGACGUCAAGAAGUUCCCCAUCUCCAUCGGCAUCAUCGUCUUCAGCUACACCUCGCAAAUCUUCCUGCCGUCCCUGGAGGGAAACAUGCAGAAGCCCAGCGAGUUCCACUGCAUGAUGGACUGGACCCACAUAGCCGCCUGCGUGCUCAAGGGUCUCUUCGCCCUGGUGGCCUACCUGACGUGGGCCGACGCCACCAAGGAGGUCAUCACCGAUAACCUGCCCAGCGCCAUCCGCGCCGUGGUCAACCUCUUCCUAGUGGCCAAGGCACUGCUCUCCUACCCGCUGCCUUUCUUCGCCGCCGUGGAAGUCCUGGAGAAGUCGCUGUUCCAAGACGGUGGUCGGGCCUUGUUCCCCGACUGCUACGGGCCGGGCGGUCGCUUAAAAUCCUGGGGGCUGGGCCUCCGAGUCGCCCUGGUGGUCUUCACCCUGCUCAUGGCUGUCUUCGUCCCCCAUUUCGCCCUCCUCAUGGGUCUGACCGGGAGCCUGACGGGCGCCGGCCUCUGCUUCCUACUGCCCAGCCUCUUCCACCUCAAGCUCCAGUGGCGGAACCUCCUGUGGCACCACGUUUUCUUCGACGUCGCCAUUUUCGUCAUCGGGGGCAUCUGUGCCAUAUCUGGCUUCAUCCACUCCAUCGAAGGCCUCAUAGAGGCCUUCAGAUACAAUAUCCAUGACUGA